GAACAUGCAACAUAGAGGAUAUGUCGAAACCUGACCACGGUAGUCCACAGCAAGGCAACGGCGGCUAUUCUCUUUCCGUCACUCCAACAGGGAAUGGAAACUUCAACCUAGCAGUAAAUGGCAAUACUGGGUUUAAGGGAAUACUAGCAUACGUGGUAGACUCAACAAAAUCACGAGGCGGGAUGUUUACUCAAUUACCAAAAGACACACAAUUUAAGACGUGCCCUGGAGGUAGCAAAAACACCAUUACUCACUCUAGCCCAAGCAUAAAAACCUUGCCAAUGACGCUUGGAUGGUCAUCAAAUGGUAAAACGACCGGAAACAUGACUUUUCGUGCUAUUGUUGUCGUGAGUCAAUACAAAUGGUACAUGAUCCAGGAUCUGAGUUUUGAUUUAGCAUCAACAAAACCAACAACUUCUUCUACAAAUUCUACGAGUAUUACUACUUCAUCUAGUAAUGACAUUUCGGGUAACACGGGUAACAGUUCGGAUAAAUCACAGUUUUUCUUGGUUGUUUUAUUUACACAAUAUACGUUAUUUUCGGUUAUUGCUGGGAUUACGCUGCUCUUGUAUAUUUUGGGAGCGUUUUUGGAGGUGAUGUUGAAACGACAGCAAUCAAAAUAUCGUAAUUAUGCGAAAAAUCUUGGUGGGUUUGGUAGAGAUGCUACUAAUUAA